AUGUGUCUUUCAGGAUUUGGAUCAAACUGCGUCCGCGCAUCCUCAUCCACAAUUCUGUUCCUUUUGCUACUGGUCCAGGUCUGCGUCUGUUCCACCAGAGCGCAGAGUGAAACAUCUUCUUCAGCACCAGAUAUUGUGGCUAUCAUUCCCGAUCGGUCCACAGCCUAUCCCAAUGGGCUUCACAAUGGGCUUCUUUCUUCGGUACGGCGGUAUAAUGUAUCACUGGAAAUUCGCGAAAUUGGCGACUUUAAUUCCGAAAAGUCGCUUCUAGUCUUGCAAGAAGCAAUUGACAGCGAGGUGCAGCCAAGAAUAUACUGCAUCUGGCCAGUUGACAUACCAUCUCGGCAACUGAUGAAGGAACUCCACGAUGCACAUGGUGUACCAAUCAUUCAAUUGAAUCAACUCCCCAGUGAAGAAUCAGCUUGGGAGUGGGAUCACUUGUUGGGAUACGCUGGUCCCAGUGACGCGCUGCGAGCGAGUAACGCUGGUCUCAUGAUGAUAGACUCUUUGAUAGAGGAAAGGGGACUCUCGAAUCCAAAAGUUGUUGCUCUUGGUUAUCCAGGAUCAUACGGGGGAUAUCAUCUAUCGAUUGCUGCAUUUCGUCAGUCCAUUGAAGAUUCGAGUAUCGAAAUUACUCAUGAUCUUCCUUUGGACUGGGGAAAUCAACCUGCCUACGAAGCCAUGAUACACCUGAUGGAUGAGCUAAAGACCACCGGUCAAGAGAUUCAUGGAGUAUAUGCAAUGGAUGAUAAUAUAUUGAUUGGAGCCUACGAGGCAUUGAAUGAUAGAGGGAGACUUGAUGGCGAGGAUGCUGUCACUCUUGUGGGAACAGUGUGCAAUGGUCACCGUGACAUUUUGGGUCAAGGAAAACAGUAUGGAACAACGAUUCAGUCUCCUUUUCUGGAAGCAGAACUCGCCGUUGAUUCCGCGAUAGAGUACCUUUCGACUGGAAAUCUAACAACUAUUAUUCGAUUCACGCCAAACCCCAUUGCAACGACUGAUACGUGGGAAACUAUGCUUGUCGAGUUCCUGGGAGAAGCAUAUGUGGCUGAUCGAUUGUGCACAUGGACACUACAACACGAACGAACCAAUGGGCUCAAGAAUAUUGAAGAUGCGGACGAUCCUUGUGAAUACGUAGAUUGUCUCUUUACUCCAGAGGCUCUGUUUCUUGUUGGUUAUGUUGUUGCGGCUAUCAACUAUGCACUCUGUGUUUUGGGACUCGCUCUGCUAUACAUGUACAGAAAGAAGAAGGUUGUUUCCAUUGCUCAGCCUUUCUUCCUUACUCUCAUCUUGGUUGGCGCUCUGGUGGACACAACUUCGAUCAUUUUUAUGUCAAGAGAUAAUCUUGGAUACUCGAAACAAAACCUUGAUCGAUCCUGCAUGGCUUGGACCUGGCUGCUUGGAAUGGGUCAAAUGAUGACAACAACAACCUUGGUUGCAAAAAUGGCUAGAGUCAAGGCUGUGAUAGGCAUUGGAGAAAGGGCAGCAAUCCGUCGUACUAUUGUGACGGUUCGUGACGUUUCUGGAUUCAUUGUAGGAGGCCUCGUCUUGGACGCAAUCGUGCUCACAGUAUGGGCAGUACAGGACCCUUUUCAUUGGACCAUCUCAGUUGUUAGUCGAGACUUUGAAGGUACAAUUCUGCAAGCGCGAGGAGAAUGCAGCUCAAACGGAGAAAACUUCUGGGUUUAUCCAGUAGUCCUUAUUCUGCUUCAUUUGGCAGUACUUAUCUAUGGAAACAUCUUAGCCUGGCAAACGAGAAAAUUUCAUCAAAUCAGCGACUCUCGAAUGGUUGCAGUAUCGCUUUUCAACUCCAUCCAGCUCUUGAUGGUGGCGGUCAUCAUGCUUUCUUUGUCUGGUGACAGUGUGGCCAUUUCGUACGUGGUCCGUGCCAGCUACGCGUUCUUGAACAACGCCGGAGUCAUUUUAUUGAUCGUUGGCCCCAUCUUGUAUAAAUGCAUGGUGGGAAAGGGGAAUGUAAUGCCAAAUAUUCAUGACGUGGCCUCCAGGGCUGUAGGGAGUCGCGACAGCAUCGAAGAAAGUCGCACUUACAUCUCUGGAUUUGCUAUACCAACCUCUUCAGGAAUUGGCCAAGGUUCGUCGAGAGCUUUCAAUCCCAUCUCGGAGACUGAAGUAGACUUGUUCGGACAAAGCGAAGGAAAUGGUUUGUCAAGCAAUACAGCAUCUAAUUUUGGAAUGCCUGGUUCAAAACCAGGCAUACCAGAGAGCGCACAAGAGUCAAAAUCAUCACGCGUCGAUUUCACUGGAACCAUUGACAACAGUGUCAACAGAUCCCAAAGCACUAGCCAGUGA